AUGGCCAUUCCCGAGACAUCCCUCUCCACCAUCCGUGAAGUUCUUUCACAUUUCGUCUCCGAGGUUACCGGAGGCUACAAAAUCGAUGAAAAGGCUCUUAGCUUAACACCCAUUGACAAGCUGCGUGCUGCAGUUGUCUCAGAGUUGCAGCAGUCCAGCCUCAAGGACCACCUGGACUACCUAAAUUCAAAAGACCAGUUCACCAUGGCGUGCUAUGUAGCAGCUGAUUUUACAUCAUCCCACCCCCUUGAGUACCAGGUCGUGGUUGCCCAACUUACCAUUUUCUUCUUCCACGCCGAGGAUAUCCUCGAAGAGAAGCCUGAAGUCCUCCGCCAACUGCAGCUCAACGUAGCCUCUGGCAAGCCAUGCGGUGACCCAGUCCUUGACUGGUACGCCCGUGAGCUUGUGCCCCAUCUGUGGAAGCACUUUGACCCCCUUGUUGCCAACAUGAUUACCAUUGCCUGCUAUGACUUUAUCAACGGCAUUGGAAUCGAGUCCCUGACCAAGGACGUUGAAAUCCAACCCCAGGCAGUGGCUUUCCCUGAUUGGCUGCGCUUCAAAACGGGGCUUUCCCCAAUGUAUGCACUGUUGGCUCUAGCACGACCCUCAGAUCCGAAAUUGUCUACUGGUGGACUGGACAAGUACGUCCAGGUCAUCCCUGAUGUUAUCGUCUUCACCAACAUUGUCAACGAUGUCAUCUCCUUCUACAAGGAGCUCCUGGCCGAGGAGAAGGGCAACUACAUUGACAUGCGCGCCCAGAGAGAGAACAUCACCGUCCUGGAGGCACUGAGCACCCUUGCUGACGAGGGUAUCCGAGUUCGUGAGCGUGUUCUCAAGGUUCUUGAGGAUGAGCCCGAGUACCGAGCCAACUUUGAUACAUAUGCCAAGGGUAUCACCCACUUCCACACCUCAUCUCCGCGUUACCGCAUGAUGGGAUUGUUUGAGAAGCAGUAA